AUGGAAGGAAAGGAGUCCCCUGAACGCGUAAAUCCAUCGAGUCCUUCUACUUCCCAGACGGCGUCUGGAGUAUUCUCACACUUCCAGCCAUACGCACGAUCCAAGGGGCCUAUUCUUGGUCUGGGGACAUUAUUUGCAGCUUCAGCCGUCAUUCCAUCCACUGUCGUUCGUCCAAACGUUUACUUUCCUCCAUAUCUCCACCGGGUCGGAUUCUCCCUGGUUUUUGGCGGAGCCGCGUAUGUCUUAGCGGCUGGUGACGCAAGGAACGGCAGUGGAAUAGCUACUGCUUGGUCAUUAACAUACCUCUUCCUGCAUCUCCGACGAUCUCUAAAACCACCAAUUUAUCCAAUAACACUGGCACUGACAGCAGGUACAGCUGCAUGUGCGGCUUUGUACGGCACAGAAUACUUCAUGUACCAGACCUAA